UUCCCAUGUAGAGAGAAAAUCCACUCCCCAUCACUGUCUCUACACAGACCCCAUGGAAGGAGAAGACCAAGCUCUCUUCCACGCUUAUCCUUGCGCAUACUAUGUACAAAGCCCAUCCACCCUCUCCAGAGCCAACAGUGCUGACUGCCAAAACAACCUCUCAACAUGCCACUCCCCUCUUCGAUCAGAAACCUUCAUGAACAACCCCACAAACACCAGCCAAGAAGUCAAUAGAUUCAGCUACCUCUCGCGAUACUCGUCGUCAUCACGGGGAUCGAAUAACUCGUUUUUGCAUGAGAAGAAGAUAGUACUGUAUGAUGCCCAGAGCCAGGGAACGGGGACGGAGAAUGGGGAGAAUGGGGAGAAUAGGAGGAGGAUGAGUGUAGGCAUGGAGGUUGAUGGGGGCGGGGAGGAGGGUGGUGGUGGGGAUGAUGAGGAAGAGGAGUAUUAUUAUGGAAGAUCAUCGUUUUCUUCAAAAAGUGGUGGUGGUGGGUGGUGGAGAUACUUCUCUUUUAGGACUUCAUCUUCAUGUUUGUGGAUUUGCUUGCAGAUAAGUUGGAGGUUGAUGGUGAGCUUGGGAGCUGCAUUGCUUGUUUUUUGCAUUGCUACUAAGCCACCUCCGCCCAUGAUGUCCAUCAAGAUGACUGGCAUUCGCCAAUUUGGCCUAGGAGAGGGCGUGGAUGCCUCGGGUGUUACCACUAAGAUCCUCACUUGCAAUUGCUCCAUGGCCCUAAUGGUAGACAACAAGUCCAAGCUCUUUGGCCUUCACAUUCACCCUCCACUCGUGGAAAUAUCCUUUGAUCACCAUCCUUUCGCAACUUCACAUGGCCAAGAAUUAUAUGCUCCAAGCCAUGGUUCAUCAAAGUUUCAAUUAUACGUGGGGACGAGGAAUAAGCCUAUGUAUGGUGCAGGAAGAGCCAUGCAGGACAUGCUAGAGACCGGGGAAGGCUUGCCACUGGCCAUUAGGGUGAGCUUAAAGUCAAGUUUCCGGGUUGUUUGGAGCCUCAUUGUGCCUAAGUUUCAUCACCAGGCUGAGUGUCUACUAUUCCUCAAUAGGGCAUACGAUAAAAGACAUGGAACACAAGUAUAUAAUAGCACUUGCACUGUUACUUCUUAGUAUUCACUAAAGUUUUGAAUUCAAUCAAAGUGAGAUAUAUAUUUCCA